GCAGCAGCAGCAGCAGCAGUCUGGAGCGCAAGACAACCCCCUUCCAUCCACUGCAAUACUUCUCUCCAUCCUCCAGCAUCACGAUGGCUCACAAUGAUAAAGACCCAGUCCCGGUGGUGGGGAACCUUUCUCCGGGUCAACUGCAGUCCCUCCUGAAGAUGGAGCCCAAGACUCUGGGGGCGAUCCAGAUCGUUAUCGGGGCUUUGAUUCUGUGCCUCAGUGCCUCUGUGCUCCAGGUCCACGAGGUCCACUUCACAGGAGACAUUGCCCUCUUCCUAGUUGUGGUCGUGCAGGUAACGCUGUCUGGUUCAGUGUUGGUGCACAGUGGGAGGAGACCAACUCUCUUCUGGGUGAAAUGCAUGCUGGUGCUGCAUCUUAUCAGUGCUGCAUUUGCCACCGCUGCCCUGGGCCUGAUGUCCAAACACCUGCCCUACCGCCAGAGCUCUUACCACUGCGAACACUGCCGCAAGCUGGAGCUGCACGCCGUGCAACAUUGUUUCAGGAAAUGCACCUGGCUGAUCGAACAAAGGUGUAAACUGCUGAUCGACGGCAUCCUGGUUACCCUGGUGAUCUUUCUGGUGCUCGAGCUCUUGAUCUGUAUCACAGCCAUGUUGUUUGGACUCAGUGUGCUCGCUGCUGGUGGAGCUCAGACUCGAAGCCAGAGACCUGUUUAUCCACAAACUCGGCCACCAGCUGUUCCAGCUGUUCAGGCUGCCCCGGCUGCAGCUGAACCAUCUCAGGUAGCUGUGGUCGUGACUGAACCAGAUUCGGAGCAGUUGGAGGAACUCUCCACUCCGCCCACUGAGCCCCAGGUGGAGCCGAUAUAGACUCUGUGCUACGGGAGUUUGAGCUCACUGCAAACUGCUUCCUGUCGUGCCAUGUCAUGUCAGACACAGAUGAAAUACGGACAACAACUUUUCCUUCCAGACCCUCGUUGUUAUUAGAGUUAGACCUCAGGUGAACAGUUAUCAAGGAAGAUGUCGACGCUAGGUAAAAUAGGUGGGAAAAUGAUGUGUCAGUUUUUCAGAUGUUUACGUAUAAGUUACUGACACGCUAUCGUCACUGACUUUGCUGAAAAUGAGCUUUAGACAGCUCUCAAGUGGGCCGGACCAGUACAAUCAUAACACAAUUACCCAUAAAUAACAAUAUGUUGUCGUUUUCCGCCCUUUGUUUUCGUGCAAGUAAGUACAUGUUUUUUAGAAAAUACGAAUAUUUAAUGAAAUAUUACUUGACAAAACCUCACAAACAUUAAGUGUUUAUGAAUUUUUGUACUUUGAAUAUUCAUCAAGUGGCUGCCGAAGGGACGAUAUCAAGACAUGUAGUGGGCUAGCAACCGUAUGAGUCAUUUAACAGCUAAGGUUUCCGGUGAAAAUGCUGUUUGAAGGCAUCGCUAACGCUACAAACAUAAUAUAUCAUCAAGUCGUUUUAAACACACAACACAUUUAUUUCUGGUGAGUACAUCAUAAUAUAUAUAUAUUUUUUUUUUUGUAUUAUUCAGGUAUGAUAGCGUUGCAUAUUUACUGGUUUGAGUUGCAUUACACUUGUCGUGACAUUUUGAGUGUGUUUAAAGCAAUCUAAAAUCGAUCCCAAGAUUAGCUCUGACCUUCCUAUUGAGGAAGUGUCUUGAACGAGAGGUCAGAAUGUCUUCUAAAUACCAAGACAGUCCAAUUGAUUCUGAUUGGUCUACACCGAAAUCAUCUCUUGACUGUACUCUAAGAUUUUAAAUAUAGUAAAUAUUAUCCCUCUGCGAACAAACGGGAGUUAAUUUGAUCGGGCUUUUUAGUAACAAUUCAAACGUGGUUUUUCUUUGCAUUAUAACUUACAGCCAUUUUCGCAGUAAAAACACGCGGUCUUCAGAACUAUUGACGUCAGAUCUGUUAUGACAUGCGCACAGCAGCAGUGUUAACGCAGUAGUGGGUCCAGCAGUAUCAUUCUGUAGUGUAUAGUAAAGUAUGUUUUUAUAACACGAAGCACUAGAAUUAGUGACGUCGGUUUAUGCUAUAGAUAUUAUGGUUAAUCCACACCUGUAUAUACACGGAAAAUAAACUAACAGAGGAACAGGCAGAAAAAUAUGUUCGGGGAAAAUGUAAAAAAAAAAAAAAGUAUAUGCUCUUUGUAGUGUGUUAAAAUAAUGUAUUUGAGCCACCUUUGUUUGACGUAACGUCAGCUGCAUAUUACUGUAAUAUUGUAGUGUACGACGCCAUUAGGAAAUGAACUACGGUGUAUUCACUGCACUUUCUCAUCUUUUUGACCAAUUUUGUUCUCCCAUGACAAACUCACAAAAAGACAUUUAAAAGUCACUUUCAAACCAAAGCAGGUGGUGCAGAAAUAUGAAUAUAUGGUUCUUCCACUUUUUGCCACAGCAUAUACUUUAACCAUAAGUCAAAAACACCUAUAUAUGCUACAAAAAAAAAAUCUGUCAUUUUUACCACUGGCUUAGUUGUCAUCUGUCUGGGUAGCCAUCAGAACUGUGAGUAUUUCUUAAUUCUACAGAAAUAUAUGUUAAUGACUGUAUCUUUGAAAAAGUCAAAAUAAAAAAAAAUGAACAGGAA